GGCGAGCUAAGUUCAAUUUAACAUAGUUAUGUCGAACAGCAAGGAAACUGGGAUCGGCCCCGAUUCUGAGGCAGCCGGUGAAGUGUCAUUAAAUGGCGCUGACACAACGGCGCUGAAGGAUUUGCUGGAAAAGCGUCUAAACGAUUGCGGUUGGCGCCAACAAAUUGAACAACUGGUACGCAGCAUAUUGGAAGCGCGCGGCGUGGAAAAUAUAACGCACGAUCAGCUUGCCGCAGAAAUUAUUCCAACUGCUCGUGCCCUGGUGCCCUAUGUUGUACGUAAGGAGAUGCUGCUGCGUGUUCGCGCCGCCUUGCAGACCCCGCUGCCCCACCAAUAAGCUUUCGAUAUGCGAUAUACACACCGAUAAAUUAAAUAUACGAAGUCAUCGUUUAAAUUCUA